UAAAGGUCCACUGGUGAUAAACCUUUCUUCUGCAGUGCUCGUUUAGCGCUUUGGCAGACGUUAGACUAAACACGAGUGCCACAGCGUAAGGGAUCAUCCCGAUCAUGUCUUGGCCAAACAGUUGGCCCGCCGUGCAGCAGCAGCAGCAGCCAGCCGGAAUGGUGCCAUCGUAUCCACCUCCAGCGGGUUCUGCUGCCGCCGCCGCGACUCCCAGCAUCCAGGCGGGGGCCGAUUAUGGGUCUGCGGUCAGCUCAUACAAUCAGUGGCAAUGGCAGCAGUACCAACAACAGUACGCCCAGUGGCACGCACAGUAUGGCGAGCAAUAUGCACAGCAAACGGGCAACGCACUGCCCCCCGUGGCCACCCCGAUGCCGUCGGUGGCUGCGGCGGUGCCGACUGUUUUUGCAGCCGCACCAACGCUACCUUCGUUUCCACCGGUCAACUUGGUCGCUCCGCCGCCUCCCGCGGAACCACAUCCGGACGAGCUCAAGUCCCAAACAAAUCAACAAAAGCCUCCCCUCCCGGAGGAGCAGAGUGCCGAGGAGAUCGCGUUCGACGAGCAGUUCCACAAAUGGGAGCAAGAGUUCGAGGUGUGGAAGCGCAAUAAUAGCAACCACCCGGACAAGAAAGCGUACCGGGAUUACGAGCAAAAGUGUGAAGAGCGCCGCAAGAAGCUUCUCGAGAGGCGCGAACAACUCAGAAGAAAACGGAUAGAAAAGAAUGCUUCGCAGGCUGCUGCACCAACACCGCCGGCCACCGUGCCACCGCCGCCACCGCCUUCCGAUCCGGAACAACCGACGGGCAACGGAGCUCAACUAGCGAACGUGUUUACGCACGCCUCCGCCGGAGCGCACAGCUCCGGCAGUGGAAUCCCCGGAUUGGAUCUGAUCAGCGAAAAUCCACCACCACCAGCACUGAAGAAGCCCAAGCUGGAACCCGAUGCGGAUCCGGUGGUAGCGGUGAUCGAUCUGGUAGAAAAUGAUCCGCCGGACCAGAAGCCCACUCUCAACGGUAUGAACCAGGACCCGGACAACCGCAGGCCGCAAGAGACGAACGUGGAUGCGAUCAGUUCCUUGCUGAACGAUCCGAAGGUGAACGCACUGUUGCAGCUGGUCGGCAACACGAUGGCCUCGGCUGGGAGUAACGGUGGAGGAGACGGCGCGGUCGGUGCGGCCACUAACCCCCUGAUGGCCGCACUUGCGCAGCUGACGCACAACCGGUCGGGCGGCGGUGAUGGCGAUCUGCUGAAACAGCUGCAAAACACUGUCGAAAAUCGACCCAAUGGUUCGUGUCGUAAUGAGCGGAGCGGCCCGGAGACUGCUAGAUUUUUGAGCAGCCCGGCCAGCAGCGUAGCUAGCAGUAGCCGGACCACGCUGCCGGAUUCCUACGAUCCUCGCAUUCCGCCACCCAUGAUCGACGUCGAUCUUUCGCAACCACCACCGAUGGUGUCGCGAGGCCGGAAUCACAAAGGCCCCCAAACGCAGCGGCGCGAUCGGUGGAGUGGCAAUGCGCCGGAUCGCUUCGAGCACCCGCGGUUCCGCGGGAGUCCGGUGGCAAAAAUGGCCCGCUUCGAUCGUCCGCCACCACCGCUAGCGGCGGCGGCGGCGGCAGAGUACCAGAUCGACCCGGAGCUCGGGCGGCCCGUUGCCGUUCCGAAGCCACUGUGGAUGACGGAGGACGAGUAUCAGGAGAUUUACGAUCGGUACGAGGACGUGCAGAGUUUCGACGAGCGCAAACACAAAAUGGAACUGGCCAUUCAGGUGUUACGGCAAAACAAAAUACGUGCCGGCCAGCUGCCGCCGGGCUACGAGCGGCCUUUGCUUUCCGCCCGAGGCGGUAUGCCGAGGCCGUUGAUUAAGACGGAAAUCAAGCACGAACCGACCGAUGAAUACUUUCAACCGACGCAGGUCUUUGACUACAGUAACUGCAGGAGUGUACCGCCACCGACCGUGACCCAGGAACCCCCCAGGAUCGGGCGAGUGAUCGACUAUGGACACCAGGGUGCCGGAUCGCACGGUGUCUACCGACCGAAUGACCGUAGGAAUCUUCAGACUCGCCUGCGCAAUGCUCAAAAUGGCUCGAGUGGAGCGGACGAGAACCAGUUUGUACACGGUUCGCAACGCUUUGAUUACAACCACUCGAGCGUCUCGAACGCAGCCACUAGCAGCAGUGGCAACUGUAGCGCGGAACAGCGCGCCGACCAGCAGUGGGCGAUGGCGGCGGCCACGUUGCCACACAACAAAUCGAUCGAUCGAUCCGUUUCUAGCCUGCAGCGCUUGGCCGAGAUGCACCUGAACCCGAACCCGGAGGAAAGCAAUCCGCACUAUCCGUGCAAGUUCAUAUUGAUGAACGAUAAUCGGCCCAACUGCCUGAGCACCAAGCGUGCCAAGCGACCAUCGUCGAUACGGAAACAAAAGUUGAAGCAACAACUGCAGCAACAACAGCAAAAAGAGCCGGCUGGUGGCAGCAGCGGUGCAGCGGUCGUUCCCACCGGACCGGAGCCGAACUCGGAGCCAGGGCUGGAGGAGCUGAGCUCGGACAACGACAUCGAAGACGAUCGACCCGACUGGGGCAACAGCACCGACGAGGGGGCAGCCGGCGGUCGGCAGGAGUGCAAGAGUGAACCGCGCGACGACGAUCGCUCGGAGUCGGUAGUUUCUUCCCAAUCGUUCCAGCAACACGGAUUGCCGCCCCGGAUGAUCGAUAUCGAGGAGCUGCUGUUGCCCCCGGGACGAUUUAACCGGCCGCCCCGUAUCUGUUUGCUCGUUCGCGGACUACCGGGCAGCGGCAAGUCCCACCUGGCCCGGCUGAUCAAGGCGAAGGAGCAAGGGUUCGGUGGGCCGUCACCGCGGGUCCUCAGCCUGGACGACUACUUUCUGGUGGACAAAGAGGUGGAAGAACGGGACCCCGUGAGCGGGAAGCUGACGAAGGUGGUCCGCGCGGAGUACGAGUUCGACGGUGAGAUGGAGGAGCUUUACAUCCAAAAUCUGAUCAAAGCGUUCAAGCGCACCAUCUCGGAGCGGUUGUUCAACUUCGUGAUUGUCGAUUGCUGCAACCAUCGGUUGGAGUACUAUUGCGAGUUUCACAACUACGCCCGGAGCAACGGGUUUAAGGUGUACACGUGCACUAUGCAAACGGAUGUGGACGCUUGCGUUGAGCAAAAUGUUCACCAUCGCACGGCGGAGGAGAUACAAGUGUACGCCGACAACUGGGCCAUGGCCCCGGACGAGCAUGUGCAACUCAACUUUAACUCGUUGCUGGAACCGGACCGGUCGGACACGAAUGCGGUCGUUACCGAUAUGGAUAUUGCGGGUGACGAUGAAUCGCUGCCGGACGUGGACAGUGGACAGAACGAGCUGGAACAUGUAGGAACGCGCGCCGUGCCGUGCCGUCACGAAACGAGCGCCAACGCAUCACAGGACGACAGUAACGACGAUAGUGCGGCGGGUACCGCAGAGUGUGAUUUGUUCGCGAGUAAAUGGGACAACGACACCAGUGAGCAGAAUUUAGCCCGACUCGAUGGCACUAGUAAACCCUUGAAGCGCCCACCAACCCUGGAGGACUACUUGCAGCUGGACAGCGAUGACGACGACGGUAACGGUGACGACGGUGACGGCGACGGUGAUGAUGCCGAAGGUCGAGAAAAGGUGGCCGGCGUCGGCGAUGCUGUCAGCAAGAAGAAGAAACGUGUCCGAUGGGCCGACGUAGAGGAGCGGAAGGCGCAGCGCAAGAUGCGUCAGGUGGGAUUCGUUGUCGGUGUCACGGAUUGGUCCCGGAUGAUGGACCCUACGAAAGGCAGCAGCGCCCUGACGCAGACAAAGUAUAUCGAGCGCGUGAAGAAACCGUCCGACGGAAAGUAACGACGCAUUGGCGCACUGCUCAGUCAUGUCACCAAUCGAAGUUCACCGCGGAAAGCACCCGAUCGCAAUGAAUGUUCCACGGUUUUGCAAUAAUGUGAAAUGGAAUUCAAUUGUUUAAAGGCUUUUCUACUGUGACCGGGGGGCAACGGGCAAUCACGAUUAAUUCGCCGCAUUGCACCUCUUAUUGUAUAUUUCAAACCAGAUCGCAACUGAUCUACUGAU